GAAGCGUGGACGCGUGCAUGUGGGAUGUGGGUGUUGGUGUCGCGACACGGGGUUGCGAUUGUGACACAUAGGCAUACGAGGACGGGGGCGCAAGGCGGAUCGCGCAAGACGCAGCGGGCCUUGCCAGCAGAGGCGUCGAUACCAGGGCCGUGGCGUGAAGUUGCGGACAGGACGCGCAAGCUGGGUCGAGACGCUGGCUCGCAUGGGUGCGAUAUGGCUCGAGGCACUGGGACGCGCGAGCACAAGCACAAGCGCAGGCGUGAGCGUGUCAUGCGCGCGGUCGAGACCUUUGGAGCGUUGGAGCAAUCCAGAAAAUUCCAAAGCAGCUUGGGAGGUCUGGAUAAGGCCCAGAACAGUGAUCUGGAUAAGGACGUGAACAGUACUCCAGAUAAACUCGUGUACAGUACCAGACAAGGGGUCUGGGAUGGGCUUUUGGGCCAAGCCCAACCUGGGGUUUCUCCUAGGGCCUUGUAGAUAAUUCUAGAAUAGGGGAUUCUAGAAUAAUGUAGGCUUAAGAGGGAGAAUGGAGAAUCUUCUGGAAAUUGUACAUGUGAGGGGAUUUUUGUGGAGUGUUCUAGAAACACCUGCAGAGGGCUCUUAGGCUGGACUCUUCUAUAAAUAGGGGUGGCCUUAGUAGAAUGGGGUCAGCCUUGAAAGAGUGAGCUGCUAGGUGAGAGUGAGUGCAGAGAGGGGCUUUGUACUCAUGCUCUUGUACACUCCCUUGCGAUAUGAAUAAAUUCUCUUCUUCUCC